AGCUAAACACGAUGCUACCGCUAACAACCGUGAUAAAAACACACGUCACCGUAUUCACUUAAGUUCGCGUAGAUUCCACGAAAACACGCACAAAGUUACUACACGUGUGAGAUCAAACGUCAAGAUGAGUCUAAGGAAACAGACCCCGAGUGACUUCCUGAAGCAGAUCAUCGGCAGACCCGUGGUGGUCAAGCUCAACUCGGGGGUGGAUUACAGAGGUGUGCUGGCCUGUCUGGAUGGUUACAUGAACAUCGCCAUCGAGCAGACAGAGGAGUAUGUCAACGGGCAGCUCAAGAACAAGUAUGGAGACGCUUUUCUAAGAGGAAACAAUGUUCUGUACAUCAGCACCCAGAAGAGGAAAGUGUAGUGAAGACGAUUUUGUGUCUUCAUUUUUAUUUGCCAGUAUUUGAUGCAUGAGUGGACGAGUUCUUAUGAUUUUUUGAUCUGUAAAGUCUGAAGUCCUAAAGAACGUUUGUUUUUGUAAAAGUGGAAGUUAAUAAAUCCUGAGUUUUGA